UAAUACCUUAUGUACCACUCUUGCCUAGCUAGCAGCUCAUUGUUAUCUUCUGGAUAAACCAAGCUACAGUGUACAUCUGGGUCGAAUUCUCUUUCCCGCAGAAAUAGACCGGAAACAGUUGUUGUUCGUGACAAAACUGAAGAAAGGCCCAACACAGGUCGCCAACAUACGGAGUCUCGCUGAAUGUAGGUGUUGCUGAUCUCCUAGAUCCUGUCCCUUGUAACUAACAGCCGCGUCACGUGAUUGGACAUGCGCAAGAAUGGUGGAAGUAAGACUAACGCAGAACAUGGAUCUGGGCUUGAGCUGAACGUGGUUGACGAUGAAGUCUGCCAGCUGACGCAGCAGGUAACUGACUUUCGGCGAAAUCGCUUAGAGCGUCUUCGUGACUUGGACCUGUUCGUCUUGGACAAUUCACUAUGUAUGAGCACAGUGGGCCAACUGCGUAGUCAUACGUUGAAGGACAAGAUCGCCAUCUACGACCAGGUGAAGAAGUGUGGUAUGACGCACAUCAUUGUGGCGUGCUUUGCCCAUAUGACUCGUGUGGAUGACGACUUCUGUCAGUACCUGUUAGACAAGGGUGAGGACAUGAGCAACCACUACUCGUUCUCCGAAGUCACAGAGGGCUUGUCGGGUGGACGUUAUGACACAGAGCGAAUCCCCGUAGCCUGUCUGAAGAAUAAGAAGUAUGGUGUGAGGAACACGAUCUUUGAGAUCGACUUGGCGAAUGUAGACUGUGAGUGGGACACGAAGUGGACUAUAGAGGACCAGUGUCAGCUGAUGAUGAAGUAUUUCCGAUGGACCAGACGUGAGGUGCACCCAUCUGCCAAGCUCAUGAUUAACUUGCGAGACUUUGCCGCAGCCAUGGCACAGGCACCAGGUCGCGUGCUUGAGGUUGUUCGAUUUCUGGCUUGUCUGCCUACUGAAGAGCGUAUAUUUGGUAUCGUCUAUGAAGACCUUGGGGAAUCACUUCCUGAGGAACUGGGCUUGUGGACAAAGAGCGUCAGAAAGGUGAUGGACGCCUGCGGCUGGGAAGAUGGACACUUGUUAGUUAAUGUUCAUGAACAGUGGGACUUCCAGACUGCAUCCACUAUGCGUUGUCUCCAGUAUGGAGCGAAUGGAGUAUGGGCCAGCGUGUGUGAGGAGGGAGCAGCAGUUGGCCAUGCCUCAUCGACAGUGACCGUCAUGAACUUGGUGAGACUGGGCAACACCAAAGUACUGGAGAACUAUCAAUGUGUGGAGAUGAGAAGUGCAGCUAGAGAGGUGACUAGGAUUACCACUGGCUCCUACCCUUCACCUAGACAAGUUCUAUAUGGUGAACGAGCCUUGGAUAUGGUGUUUGGCUUCGCAGUCACCGUCAUGCGCCAGUUCGACAUGGGCAAGUUCUUUGGUGUUCAACCAGAGAAGAGAAUCACUACCCUGGCAUCUCCAGAGAUGAUUCUGGAAAAGCUGGUCGAAAAGUUCGGUGAUGAUCCUCAGUUCACAGUCGACAUCGCCAAGGCCAUGAAGGAGACAAUCCUGGAUGAUGUUCGAUCCGGUCGCAAAGAGGAGUACAUGAGCAAGUUUGGCUUGGCUGUCUUGUUCGACCGCUCGGGUGGACAGCUAACGGAGCAGAUGAGAGACAUCUUGGCUUCAGUGGGUAUUGACAACGGAACUCACAAACGGCUUAUUGCUGAAGUGAAGGAGCUGUGGGACACGUGGGAUCAGAAUGACGAGAUCCAGGGUGAUGAUCGCUUGCAGUUUGAUUCAUUCUACCAUGGGUUCAUGGCACCGUACUUUGGCUGCUACCGCUGUACUACUACAAAGAAAGCAUUGCGAGCACUUGAUAUGGACAGCAAUGGCUUCGUGGAUUGGGAUGAGUUUUCCAUCUACCUGAAGUGGGCCCUCUGCCAGUAUCCAGAGGUGUGCAGUGCUGAUGACCUGCUAGACAUAACCUUCCAGAAGGGUCUCAUUCCAGCCAUGCGUGAUGUACAGCUGACGGAGCAGGUCUCGCACAGUAUGAGAGAUAGCUUGCAGGUACAGCGCAUCUUGGAUAGCCGCUCGCCGAUAAUGGUGUGAGCGUAUUUUUCCAGGAAUGAGUAAGUCCCUGAUGGGUGGGGGGGGGGCUGCUUUAGAAUAGCCAAUUCACUUCGAAGCAUGGCGUCUAGGAAAUUUCUCUCCUUGCUGCCAGUCCUCCCACACUGGGGGAGGACAUGGACGCCCCCAGGCAGCUGUAGUCAUUGUUAGUACUUGAUCCAGGAAGCUCCACAUUUUGGCAUGUCCCGUCUACUGUGGUAUCUUAUGUCGUAGUGUGUAUGACUUGAACUACUUGUAUGCACGCGUGCAUCCUGACUUGACUAAUUGUCUAUGUUUUCAGAUUUAAAUCUUUGCAGUUUUAUACUUCUUGUCUUCUAAUGAACAACGCAUAUCUUUGCUGCAUAAGAACCUAACAUGGUGCAGCUAGCAGGAUGGCUGGAAUGUCCAUAGUAAUUAGCUCACAACCUGAGAGUUCACAAACAGUAGAACGCCGACGUGUGGCACCACAUGUCCUACUCGUGGAAAUAGAGAAGGAAUAGACUCGCUCUCAAAAGCUAUUGGUUGAUCAGCUCGCUGUUUUUCUCGACUUGUUUUGCUGUUUAUGACUUAUCCUCUAACGUUUUA